CCCAUGUUGACGGUUGAGUUGACGUGACAUGUGACUUUGUUGUGUUGACAUUAAUGACACUGACGAAUAGACGUAGACAAAUAAAUAUUAGAAAUUGAUCAGAAUAAUGUUUUAAUAAUUAAUAACAGUUUAUAAAAAGAUAAAACUUGCAAACGUCAGUAAAACACAUCAGAAAAAUGUCGCAAACAGUGUCCCUAAUUCUGAACGAAGAUGUCGAACAUGGUGGAAAAGAAUACGACGAGGAUGAUAUCGAAAAUGAUUUUGCCUACAGAAACAAUGUAUUGAACGCUACAAAACAAAUAAGGUUAGCAUUUAUUCGCAAAGUUUAUGGCCUUUUGUCCAUGCAAAUAUUACUAACCUUUAUUAUAGCCAGCAUAUGUUUGUUUACACCACCUAUAAAAAGCUUUGUUCACACAAAUGACUGGAUGAUGAUGUUUUCUUUUAUUGCUAGCAUUGCACUGUUAGUACCUCUACACAUCAAAAGGAAGGAAUCUCCUACCAAUUUUAUCCUUCUAAUAGCCUUUACAGUUGUUCAAGCUUACACAAUCGGAGUCAUAGUGACAUUCUAUUCAAAAGUAGUCGUGUUACAAGCAUUAGUAUUAACCCUUGUUGUAUUGGUCGCUCUGACUGCAUUCACAUUCCAAACUAAGCGUGACUUCUCUGCCACUCAUUCCGCGUUAUUCGCUGGACUCUGCAUUCUCAUCGUAGGAGGAUUUAUGCAGAUAUUCAUUCAAUCGUCUAUAUUGGAACUUGGUAUUGGACUCGGUGGAGCAUUUUUGUUCUGCCUUUUCAUCGUAGUGGAUACCCAAAUGAUAAUGAAGACUUUGUCACCAGAAGAAUACAUUUUAGCCACAAUAAACUUGUACAUGGAUAUAAUCAACUUAUUCGUUUAUAUUCUGCGUAUUUUACAGGAGUUAAAUAGGCAAUAAUUCACUUAUUUUUAUGUAGCAAUGAAUAAAUAACCUUAUCCACUUUUUAGUAGUAAAUUAUUUGUAAAUAUUAUUGGCUCUUACAGUAUUUUAUUGAAGGUUACUUAAAAUAAAAUUUAAAAUGAGUAA